UGGAGGAUCAUGGAGCUAAGCAUCCGUCUCCUGUACGUUUUCGGCCUGGUUGUGGCUUCGGGGCCAGCUGGCUAGUCCGGCUAUCAUAAGGCACGCAAUCCCGCCCGGCGUGUCAUUGAGACCGAUCGACAAGACCUUCCAACAUCCAUCUUUGGGGCCUGAGUCGGAUUGGCUCCCCAGAACCUAUCCCGUGUCCGCGUCUCCGUGCUCACGCGUAAACCUCGCAUCUUGUAACCAUCCCCCUCAUGCCGAGUGGCUUUGUUUUUCCUUCUUUGGAAAAAAAGAAAAAAAACUUUUUUUUUCUUCACGUCACUGGGGCUCCUGCAUGCGAGCUUUUUCGACGCAUGCACGAGCCAAAGUGGUUGCAUGCACCGUCCUUUUUGUCUAUCGUGUACACCCCCCCUCCCCUCUCAAAUACCCUUCCGAGCUCCACGCCCACGGCCGUCAUUUCGUGCGGCUGUGGAUCGCGCGUCCCUUGGGAUCUAGACGCGUCUACCGGCGACGGUCGUCCCGGAAGAGAGGGUUUCUUGUACAGUCGAGUCUCCCCCGCAGCGGAUCCCCCCCAUCUGCCGGUACCUAUCACGAACUGUAAGUUUUCGAAAGCUUCAAACCGGGGCCUGGACCCUGAGUUCCUUCCCCCCAGAGAGACAGUCUUCACGGUCUGUUGCAGUGCGUAUCGGUGGUUUCGAGGCUCGCCCAUCUAUGUGAAGCGUAUCCUGUCUUGCCGCGGCGUGCCGAGUCUGAGCUAAAGCAUGCAUGCCCUUAAAUUCUACCGCGAGUCGAGAGUGGAGUGGCUCUUUGCUACCAAGCCAUCAGUCGCUUCUUCUCCCCGACUUGCUGGAAUGUGAUCGCCACGAAGGGCCGUCUGAACUUCGGGCAAACAAUGCAUUCAGAAUUUUUGUCGUGCAGACCGUCCUAGGCCAUC